AUGCAGUCCCUCCGCGCCGCGACAAGCGCUUCGCGGGCCCUCGCUACCCGCUCCACACCUCUGGGUUUCACCGGCGCCCGCGCCUUUUCACAAUCCCGCGCCAUGCGCAGCGGCGGCCACGAGUCGCACUACGAUCCCCCCAGCGGCUGGCUGUUUGGCGUCAAGCCCGGCGAGAAGUACGAGAAGGAAGGGUGGGAGGGGCUUACGUACUGGGGGCUCUGCGGGACUAUGGUUUUGGGGGUUGUGGCGUAUGCGUUUAAGCCGGAUACUAGCAUUCAGACCUGGGCCCUCGAGGAGGCUCGCCGAAGACUGGAAGCAGAGGGUAUCCUGCCCGACCCCGACACGAAGAAGGACUAG